UCUUGGGAGAAACACUCGCAUUGAUUAAAGAUGUUUUCUUUAUUCUUGUUCUGUCGGUUAAUCUUCCUUGUUUUGUUAUCUAAACCGUUUUUUUUGGAAGGAGCUCGCAUUCUCUCUUUAUUUCCCGUUCCAAGUCCUUCACAUUUUCAUUAUGUCUUACCGUAUUUAAAAAACUUGGCUUCAUUGGGUCAUGAAAUUACCUCUGUUAGUCCGUACCAUUUGAAAGCACCUGUGAGUAAUAUACGAGAAAUUCUUCUUCCAGAAGUGUUUGAUAGUUUUGAAGAUUUCAUUAAAGCAAUGACAACGCCGAAAAGUAAGUGGGAGUAUUAUGAGGUCACAAACGAAUUCGUGUACAACAUCACAAAAGUUGUACUGAACAAUGAAGAAAUCCAACUGAAGAUUCUCAAGAAAGAAAAUGUCCAAUUUGAUCUCAUUAUUGUGGACCUGUGGAAGUAUGAUGCUCUUUAUGGCUUCGCGGCAUAUUUUAAUGCACCAUUAAUUGGAGUAGCUCCUUGUGGAACUGAUUGGAAGGUUGACGAAUUAGUGGGUAAUGUAUCCCCGAUUUCGUACCUCCAAUCUCCUUCUUCCUAUUUCUAUGACUUGGAAACUUAUGGUGGUCGCUUGGCAUAUUUUAUGGAUCAAUCUUUAUCCUGGAUUAACUGGCACUGGCGCUUUGCGAAAAAGCACGAAGCUCUGUACAAAAAGUACUUUCCAAAAAUAGUUGAUAAGCAGCCACUGUCUAAGAUUGUUCGAAACUUUUCCUUGGUUUUGGUUAAUCAACAUUUUACUUUAGGACCUCCACGCCCAUAUGUUCCAAAUGUAAUCGAAGUUGGGGGCAUGCACAUUAAUCAGGCAACAAAAGCGUUACCCAAGGAGUUAGAGGACUUUAUCCAAGGAGCUGGUGAACAUGGAGUCAUUUACUUUUCCCUGGGAACUAAUGUUAAGACCGAAAGUCUGUCAGAGGAUCGCAAGAAAAUAUUGAUUGAAACAUUUGAAAGCCUGCCACAGCGAGUCCUGUGGAAAUUCGAAGAUGAUGAGUUGCCAGGUAAACCCUCAAAUGUUUUAAUAAGCAAUUGGUUUCCGCAGCAGGAUAUUCUUUCUCAUCCAAAAGUAAGGUUGUUUAUAACCCACGGAGGAAUGCAGAGCACUAUCGAAAGUAUUUACUUUGGUAAACCCAUGUUGGGGCUGCCCUUCUUCUACGAUCAGUUUGGUAACAUGGAACACAUCAAAAGAAAGGGUCUUGGUUUGGUUCUCAACUUUAAGGAUAUGACAAAGGAUCAGUUUCGGGACUCAAUUCACCGGUUGCUAACAGAAAAAAGUUUUGAGGAACUCGCUCGAAAAACGUCGUCUCAAUAUCAUGAUCAACCCAUGAAACCUCGGGAAACGGCAAUCUGGUGGACACAUUAUGUCCUUCGACACAAAGGAGCACCCAACAUGCAAGUGGCUGGAAGGAAAUUGAACUUCUUCAUCUAUCAUAGUCUAGAUGUCCUUUGCACUCUUCUGCUUGCAUUUGUUGUGAUUCUGGCAGUUGUAGUUAUAUUUGUGAUUAAUGUUCUUGAGAUGAUUUUAGGAAGACAAAUUGAGAAAAAUCCAAUAAAGCUAAAAACUUACUAGGUACUGGAUAAAUUUAUA